AUCUAAGUACAACAGCGAUUUGUGCACCUGGUCUGUGGUCAUAACAUAACCUUAAAAUUUUUACCUUACCCUAAUUGUUUUAAUUUUAUAAACUUUAAUAUAUCAUUCUUGCAUUAUUUAAAGAGUAUAUUGCAGAUAUAAAAUUGAAUAAAAAUGGGAAAACAACGAAAAACCAGGAAAAUUGUAGAGAAAAGAUUUGCUCAAAUGAAAAAAGUUAUUAAUCCAAGAGAUAACAGAAUAAAAGCCAAAGAUAGAGUAGAACCAAAAAAGAAAAAGACAGACUCACAAGAAGUUAAGAUUCGUGAAGUUCCGCAAGUCAGUUCAGCUCUAUUUUUUCAAUAUAAUACUCAACUAGGUCCACCGUAUCACAUUCUCAUUGAUACAAAUUUUAUAAAUUUCUCUAUAAAAAAUAAAUUAGACAUAGUACAGAACAUGAUGGAUUGUUUGUAUGCUAAAUGUAUUCCAUAUGUCACAGACUGUGUUUUGGGUGAGCUAGAAAAGCUUGGAAGAAAGUAUCGAGUAGCGUUAAGGAUAAUAAAAGACCCUCGAUUUGAAAGAAUUGCGUGUAUGCACAAGGGAACUUAUGCAGAUGAUUGCAUAGUACAAAGAGUAACUCAACACAAGUGUUACAUUGUGGCUACAAAUGAUAAAGACUUAAAAAGAAGGCUAAGAAAGAUACCAGGCGUGCCAAUAAUGUAUGUGGCACAGCACAAGUAUACAAUAGAAAGAAUGCCAGAUGCUUAUGGAGCACCAAAGGGAGCUGUUUAGAUGCAUUGUUUUGGGAAAUAAAUAGUAAUUUUUUA